UUAUAUUAUUCUGUUCACUUUCCUGCAAAAUUUUGGAAGCACCACAAGUCCACAAGCUCUUAACCAAGAAAAACUUUUUUAAAAAAAGAGAGAAGCAUGAGAUUGUUUCUUUUGGUUUCUUUCUUUGCUUAUAUGUUACUUAAAGCAUAUGGUUUUACCGCUGAAACUGAUAGGCAAUCAUUGUUGGAGUUCAAGUCUCAAGUUUCUGAAGGUAAACGAGUUGUCUUGUCCUCAUGGAAUAACUCAUUCCCACACUGCAAUUGGAAGGGUGUUAAAUGUGGCAGCAAACACAAGAGAGUUAUUAGUUUGGACCUCAAUGGAUUGCAAUUGGGAGGGGUGAUAUCACCAUCUAUUGGUAAUCUCUCGUUUCUGAUAUCACUUGAUCUAUCUAAUAACACUUUUGGUGGUACCAUCCCUGAAGAGGUAGGAAACUUGUUUAGACUUAAAUACUUGUAUAUGGCCUCAAAUGUUCUUGGAGGAAGAAUUCCAGUUAGUCUAUCUAACUGCUCUAGAUUGUUGAUCCUUAUUUUGAUUAAAAAUCAUCUUGGAGGAGGUGUUCCUUCAGAACUAGGGUCAUUGACGAACCUUGGUAUUUUAUAUCUUGGUCGAAACAACCUGAAAGGGAAGCUCCCGGCCUCUAUUGGAAACUUGACAUCCCUUAGAUACCUUGGCUUUGGGGUUAACUAUAUAGAAGGAGAGGUUCCAGAUAGUAUGUCUAAGUUGACUCAAUUGUUGCGUCUUCAUUUAGGAUCCAACAUAUUUUCAGGUGUUUUUCCUUCUUGUAUCUACAAUUUAUCCUCACUUGAGUAUUUAUACCUCUUUGAUAAUGGUUUCUCUGGUAGCAUGAGGUCUGAUUUUGGGAGCCUGCUACCAAAUCUUCAAGAUUUAAAUAUGGGAAGGAAUUAUUACACAGGAGUCAUUCCUACAACACUUUCCAAUGUCUCGACUCUUCAACGCUUGGUAAUGGAAGGAAACGAUUUGACGGGUAGUAUUCCUCAUGGUUUUGGAAAAAUACCGCGUUUGCGAAUCCUAAGUUUAAAUCAAAAUUCUUUGGGAAGUCAAUCUUUUGGUGAUCUUGAGUUUCUUGGGUCUUUGACUAACUGCACCCAACUAGAAACUUUAUAUGUUGGUGAAAAUAGAUUGGCGGGUGUCCAUUGCCAAUCUGUCCAGGAGCCUCAUCAAUAUAUACCUUGCAAUGAAUCACAUCUCUGGAAACAUUCCUCAUGACAUUGGGAAUCUCGUAAGCCUACGGUCACUUGAUUUGGGAGAUAAUAUGUUGACUGGACUACUUCCAACCUCUAUUGGUAAGCUUUCAGAACUUGGGGUAUUAAGUCUCUACUCAAAUAGAAUUUCAAGAGAGAUACCAUCCUCUAUUGGUAACAUCACUGGGUUAGUACACCUUUAUUUGUUCAACAAUAGUUUUGAAGGAACUAUUCCUCCUAGUCUUGGUAACUGCAGUUACUUGCUAGAAUUGUGGAUUGCGUAUAAUAAGUUGAGUGGGAUUAUACCUCGGGAAAUUAUGCAAAUCCCAAACCUUGUAAAGUUAAUCAUAGAAGGUAAUUCUUUGAUCGGCUCUCUACCAAAUGAUGUUGGAAGACUACAGUAUCUUGUUCUACUUAAAGUUGGUAAUAAUAACUUAUCAGGACAACUCCCACAAACAUUGGGACAAUGUAUCUCGUUGGAAGUUAUUUAUCUACAAGGAAAUUCUUUCGUGGGAGCUAUUCCAGAUAUAAAAGCGUUGAUGGGUGUAAAAAGAGUUGAUUUGUCGAACAAUAAUCUCUCUGGAAGCAUACCUCGAUAUCUUGGACACUUUCCAUCGUUGGAGUAUCUCAAUCUAUCUGUUAACAAGUUUGAGGGAAGGGUGCCAACAGAAGGAAAAUUUCAGAAUGCUACUAUAGUUUCAGUAUUUGGAAACAAAGAUUUAUGUGGAGGCAUCCAGGAAUUGAAUAUAAAGCCGUGCCCCUCGAAAGCACCACCAAUGGGGACAAAUCAUUCCUCUCAUCUAAAGAAAGUCGCAAUUGGAGUAGGUGUAGGCAUAGCUUUGCUUUUGUUGUUGGUUAUGGCUUCAUAUUCUCUAUGUUUGCUUGGAAAAAGAAAGAAGAAUCUACAGACCAAUAAUCCAACUCCUUCGACUUUGGAGGCAUUCCAUGAAAAGAUAAGUUAUGGAGAUCUCCGAAAUGCUACAGAUGGAUUUUCUUCGACCAAUUUGAUUGGAUCAGGUAGUUUUGGUACUGUUUUAAAAGCAUUGCUCCCAAUAGAGAACAAGGUUGUUGCUGUGAAAGUUUUAAACCUACAGAAACGUGGAGCCAUGAAGAGCUUUAUGGCAGAGUGUGAAUCCUUGAAGGAUAUAAGGCAUCGUAAUCUUGUGAAACUAUUGUCGGCUUGCUCGAGUAUUGAUUUCCAAGGAAACGAAUUCAGAGCUCUCAUAUAUGAGUUUAUGACUAAUGGAAGCUUGGAUAUGUGGCUGCACCCAGAGGAAGUUGAAGAGAUUCGAAGGCCCUCAAGAACUUUGACACUUCUUGAAAGACUUAGCAUUUCCAUAGAUGUGGCUUCUGUUUUGGACUAUCUUCAUGUUUAUUGCCAUGAACCCAUAGCUCAUUGCGAUCUCAAGCCAAGCAACGUCCUUCUAGACAAUGAUCUAACCGCCCAUAUUAGUGAUUUUGGUCUUGCUAGAAUUCUCCUCAAAUUCGACAAAGACUCCUUCCUCAACCAACUUAGCUCGGCCGGAGUUAGAGGAACCAUCGGCUAUGCCGCACCAGAAUAUGGAAUUGGAGGACAGCCAUCAAUACAUGGUGAUGUGUAUAGCUUUGGGGUUCUUAUUUUGGAAAUUUUUACUGGAAAAACACCAACCAAUGUGUUAUUUGAGGGGACUUAUACACUACACAACUACGUCAAGUUGGCGUUGCCAAAGGGAGUGUUGGACAUUGUAGACAAAUCGAUUCUUCAUUGUGGUCUCAGAGUCGGUUUUCCUGUUGCUGAGUGCUUGACGCUUGUUUUAGAGUUGGGACUUAGGUGUUGUGAAGAAUCUCCGACGAACCGUUUGGCAACAAGUGAAGCCGCAAAAGAGUUAAUCUCAAUUAAAGAGAAAUUCUUUAACACCAAAAGAACAGCCAGACGCUGAAACGUUUAUGGUUUCAUCAACAAACCUUGCGACCCACUUCAAAGGCGUAAUCUAUGAGGCCUAUAUCUGUGAUUUGUUUUUUUUCUUUCUUAUCCUCUGUUUAGGCUAUGUUAUCUAUAGAAAAGAUUAUUGCGUUACAAGCUU